AUGGCAUGCUCACCGAUCCGCCUCGAAGAUGCUGGCAUGCACCCGAUGAUGCUCGACAUGGUGAAGUGGCACGGCGCCGAGGAAGUCGAACACCGCAACGUAGCCUUCGACGCCUACAUGUACGUGGACGGCAGCUACGCCAGACGCGUUCGCACGGCGCUGCUGGCCAGCUUCACGUUGUUCGUGCUGUUCAUCGCCUCGAUGAACUACCUGUUCCGACAGGACCCGUCCACGACGAAAGGCCGACUGUGGCCUCUCCAACUGAUAAGCGCCACCCGUCGUGGCCUGGUACCCAACAUGAAAUUCCUGAUCACCGAGAUCCUCCGUAUCUGCGGCCGAGCUUCCAUCCUUCCCAGAUCGGGGACAUGGACGUCGCCAUGCGUUACCUCGCUCGCUCGCCUGCUGCCAAUCGUUCUUCCGAAGCGAGCGCAGGAUGAACUAAGACGACUGCCGACAGUUCCCACGACGCACCCGACUUCACACCGACCCGGUCGU